AUGGAGUCACCACAAGGCUACGCAGACCGGAUAAACUCCAUUAGGGAGAAGGAGUAUCCCCAGCUGAUUGAUCAAGGCACCAAGACUUCGCACGUGUAUCUCGACCAUGCUGGGAUGACAUUAUACUGCAAAUCGCUCCUCACAGAGUCCACCAACAGACUGCUAUCAGGAAUCAUGGGAAACCCCCACUCGCAAUCGCUAGCUUCUCAGAAAACAGAAGCGCUAAUUAGUUCUGUCAGAUUCAAGGUUCUAGAACUCUUUCAGGCGGAUCCUAUGGUGUUUGACCUGGUAUUCACUUUGAACUCCACCGCUGCUAUGAAGAUGCUGCAACAAGGACUUUCCGAUACUUUUGGAUCCUACUCCUACGCAUACAACAGUCACAGUCACACAUCAGCUGUGGGACUGCGGGAAUAUUCUUCAGACUUCUGUUGUUUUGAUGAUCCAGAAGAGGUGGCUGACCAGCUCUCUAGAGAGUCCAGUUCGAAUCACCCAAUACUCAUAUCUUGGUCUGGUCAAUCCAAUCUUAGUGGAGAAAGGUUUCCCAUAGGAGAGUGGAAUUCGCGCUUCAAAGAAAUUGGUACUAAGAGUUCCAGGACUGCAUAUACUCUACUGGAUGCUAGUGCUCUUUGCACCACAUGUCCACCUAGUCUUAGCGACUCUGAGACCGCUCCCGAUUUCAUGUGUCUUUCAUUCUACAAAAUGUUUGGUAUGCCCGAUAUUGGAGCUUUGGUUUUCAAGAAGUCGAGUGCUUUGGAGUGCUUUCGAGGAAGGAAAUACUUUGGUGGAGGAACCACUGAGGUUGUGGCUCCCGAUCAGGCAUUUCACGUGAAGAAGCCCGCUCUCUUUGAUUCGUUACAUGACGGUACGUUGCCUGUUCACUCGUUGGUCCAACUGGAUACCGCUAUCGACGUUCACAAGAGCAUGUAUGGAUCGUUUGAGAAUAUCGCGAAUUACGUGAAAUGGCUCACUGAAUAUUGUGUUUGCAGGAUAGAGAAGGACCUAGUGUUUCCCACCACCAACACCCCAAUGGUCAAGAUAUACAGCAGGUUCUCCUACGACAUGCAGGGUCCUAUAGUGGCAUUCUCACUAAUGACAGAGUCUGGGUAUCCACUAGGAUAUUACGAUUUCGAGAAGUUUGCAAGUGCAAGGAACAUUUCAUUGAGGGUGGGGACCGUGUGCAAUCCAGGUGGUGCUCUCAAGUGGCUUGAACGUACCACCGAGGAUGUGAUUAAUGACCAUGCUAAAGGACACAAAUGUGGAGAUCAUAUGGAUGUCAUGAAUGAUAAACCAACGGGUGUUGUGAGAGUUAGUCUUGGGGCUAUGUCAUCUAAAGAAGACAUUGAUACUUUGGUCGAAUGUAUCUAUGACUUCACAAUAGACCACAUUUCGAACUCGCGCAGGAAUCCGAAUACGGCUGAGAUCAGCGUGAAGAGGUUAACGAUAUAUCCCAUCAAGUCGUGUCAUGGGUAUGACAUCCCACAAGGGGUGGAGUGGAAAGUUUCUUCUAAUGGUUUGCUGUAUGACAGAGUCUUUUGUCUGAUAGGACUGGCUAACAACGCUCCUCUUGCUUUGAAACAUCACCGAAGCAUGGUCCACGUGAAGCCUUCGAUCGAUAUCAAUACGGGCAUCAUGAGAAUAGAGAAUCAAUACGGAGAGUUUGUUGAACUAAACAUUUACUCCAUGGAGCAAUAUGAUCUUCAAACACUCGCUUCUGCCGAAGGAAAGAAAUACCGAUGCGUUAUGGAUACCAAGAUAAGGGACUUUCUGUCAUUGACCAUCGAGACUCCCUGCGUGCUAGGAUCUUACGUUUCGAGCUCAAAUUGGGCUAAAAGUGGGUCUAUGCAGAACAAAUCAGCUUUCUUGCUGUUGACACAGCCCAGUCUCGAUAGCAUAGGCUCUGGUGAAUCUUUGCUUUCUCCCGUGUCCAGCCAUUCUAGUGGUAAAGACACUGACAAUGACUCAGAUGUAUCGACUCCUUCUUCGAGUGUUUCUUCUUUUUCAGGGGAGAACCUUGCUCCUAGAUUCCGUGCUAACAUCCUGGUAGACGGUGUCGGACUCGUUCCGUACGAGGAGGACUUUUGGUCCGAAAUAUCCAUUGGAAGCGAAGGACUCGUGAUAAAGACAAUGGAAAGAUGUGACAGGUGUCACAUGAUCACAAUUGACUCCAAUACGGGAGAAAGAGAUCCUACCCUCUUUUCCAUUUUAUCCAGAGAAAGGAAGGAGAAGGGCAAGGUGUAUUUCGGCAGCAACAUGAAUUUGGACGAACAGUGCUACGACAGGGAAUACAAAAUAAAGAUAGGAGAUAGACUAGUUGUUGCGUAG